AUGAUUACUGACUUAAAAACAAACUAUGAUGCUGAGAUAAACACCCUAGAUGUAAAUAAAAUCAAGAAUGGUCGUAAACAGAACCUCGAAGAUGAGGCAAACAACAAGCAACUGGACAAAGAGGAUGCUCAUGGAAGCAACUUAAAUAACGAAGCCGAAGAUAAUGGAGAAGAAGAUAGUGGCGAAGAGGAGGGAGGAGAAGAUAGUGGCGAAGAGGAGGGAGGAGAAGAUAGUGGCGAAGAGGAGAGUGGCGAAGAGGAAAGCGGAGAAGAGGAAAGUGGGGAAGAGGAAAGUGGAGAAGAAGAAAAUGACGAUGUAAGUGUACACGAGUGUUUAUUUCGGUAUGUUGCACAGUCAAGUAAAAUGGUGCAGUUGAAAAGCUUCCGGUACAAAGUACAGAACUGUUAG